AUGAGUACCGUACCGAGCAGAGAAAAAAUUGGAGCGGUGGAAGGAGGAAAAAGAACGCGCGAAGAUAGAGAAGCGUUGGCUAGCAUGGAAAAAGCCGACACGAGGUGUUUACUUGAGACGGUCAACAAAAUUCACUGGCUCAAAUGCCGGUCCUAUACUGACGUCAAUGAGUCGAUCAUUGAGGAAACGCUGUCCAGUACUUUGUCGGUUAGCUUCCGGGCGUCAUACAUCCGUAUACUUCCCCAGACUGGAUACCCAUCAGGUGCCAAUACGAAGGAACAGCACGCAGUAGCAACGAACCGCCGGUACAACAUCACAUACUAUAAACGGCUGGGCGCAGAUUCAGUUCAUCACCCUGAUCUGAUCACUGGGAGGAACCAAAUUUCGUCCCGUGUCGAUGCGAAAACGGGCGCGGUGACAUGUGCCCACCAGUACAAAGAAGUCGCGGAGGAAAACAUUCACAAAAUGAGGUCGCUGUUGGAGAUCCCGAGGGUGCAGGUUCUGGUAGCACAUAAUAUUGUCUAGUAUGAAGGAAAUAAG